AUGGCCGCUGUGGAAACUUUAAUUGGCGAACGAAGCUCACACAAGGAAUUCUCUGAUAGCUGUUACAACAGUAAUUAUAAGGUUGGUCAAUUGUACUCGAUGACAAGCAUCACAGGGAAACCAGCGGAGCGACCGAGUAAUAUAAGCAAUAAUAACAGUGUUUUGGAGAUGUCGCUGUUCACUUCAGAUGGGAAAGUUCUUACCGCCUCACAAGAGAUGCCCUUUGGCGAUUUAGUCGCAGAAGAGACCUCAGACCUUUUAACGCCAGAUAGUCACGCUUCGGAUGCCGACUUAAAAGGGUCAGAAAAACAUGUUAAAGUUACGAUUAAUGGUUCAGUUAUGAAACAUUACCGAGCAGAGGAAUGCAAAGAACGUUACUUAGCAAACUGUGCUAACGAACAAAGUGCUGAAACGUCUGAAAGUUCAGCGAAAGUGAAAGAAAGUGGAAGCCUUUCAAAUGAUCAUGACGUAGCCAUUUUGGAACAGAACGGACCUUUGAGUCUUAAAGAAAGGAUUUCUAACAUUGACAUGAGCAUUGAAUGGAUAAGAGGCGAACUAACGCUAAUGCAAGCUCAAGAUUUGUCGCUAAGACACCAAUUUGAACAGCUUUUUAAAGACGUGAUGGAAUUAAAGUUACACCAGGAAAUGGAGAAAGACGAAUACCAAUUUAUUGAGGAGGAAAUUUCAUUUGAAGAGGAGUUCUAG